GUAGCACUAAAUAAAAGCUCUCCUGGAAGAAAACAACUCAAUACCAUCAUGAAACUCUACGACUCUCCCGCCCCCAACCCCAUGGCCGUCCGGCUGUUCAUCCUCGAACGUGGCGGUCUCCAACUCGACGUCGAAGUCGUUGACACUAAGACUCUUCAGAACCGACGCCUUCCUUAUCGCGCUAUUAACCCUCGUGGAGAAGUUCCGGCCCUCCAACUCGAUGACGGCACUAUUCUGACUGAGAUUACGGCCCUUUACGAGUAUCUGGACGAGAUCGCCGUUGGAGGCACCUCGCUGUUCGGAAAUACGCCGGAACAGCGUGCCGAGACCCGCAUGUGGAUGAGAAGAAUGGACCUGGAGAUUUGUCAACUGGCUAUUGCUUGGUUCAGGAAUGAUCCUGCUACUAUUGAUCUCUACAAAGGCCAUCGGAUUCCAACGCCCGAGGCGAGGGUGAAUCAAAAAGUCAUGAUUAAUCGAGCUUUGAAUAUGCUGGAUGAUCAUUUGGAGGGGAAGACUUGGCUAUGUGGGGAUAGAUUCUCUGCUGCUGAUGUUCACUUGUAUGGAUUGUUGAAGAUGAUGACCAUGAAGGCGUGUGGGUGGGUGCUGUUGCCAGGACGAGAGAACUUUCUGGCAUAUUGGAACAGAAUGGAUGAGCGAGAGGCUUCAAAGAAGGCCUUGCAGACCUUCUCAGCCAGGGUUGAAGUGUGAUGCACAUACUGGAUCUUUAAGGUGAGUUUAUGGAGGAUUAUAUCAUUGAUGCUUCGCAGCCAUGCUACAGAACUUGUGGCGUCAUAUUGUUUUGCAAAUGGCUCCUGAGCCUAUAUAGACUAGACUUUUAGACGUUUUACAGUCUCCUUCGG